UCUUAGUAAUGAGCAAUGUAAGAACAUGCUGUCUCCUGCCAUUUGAAAACUCUGGUCGGUAUCUAGAAAACGAGACAUGCAGUUCUGUCCAACUUUUUUCUUUUAUAACGAAACUAACACGAGGCCUGUAGCUUAAAUUGUUUGCGAGCUAUAGAGCUUUGAAUGUCUGAAUAUCUGUCAAAUAUCGAAUGUCAAACUAUCUUUACCAUGGUUAAUCAAACUCUUGAUAUGAGCGCUCGCUCACAAUGCCGCGGGAGUGCGCACGCUUCGUGCAGCAGUAUGGCUGCCCAUUGAGGAUUUUAGAUACCAUAUAUUUCAAGAAAAGCCGAAUUUGCGUGAAGCUAUAGCAAACGUAUGACUGAAUACGAAUUACAACGACUAUGAAUCCUUUUGAAAGACAUUUAUGGGGUGCGAUGCUGAGUUGUAACGGAACAGGUUUGGGAAGAGCAGAGCGCACGGAUGCAGGCGGCACUGAUUUUGCAAAGCUUACAUUCGGGUGCCAGCGAUGUGACGUUACUGGCCUUCCAGUAUAGAACUCUUACUAAAGCUUUGUUUUUCAAGUAAAGUUGUUUCCCAGUUGUAAGUAUGAACUAUGAUCCAAAUAAUCGCAACGGAAAACACAUUUAUCGGAUGUAUUCUCCAAAAUGAAGACAUUUGUACAUAUCCGAACUUGCUGCAGAGACUACGGUGGAAUCAUGUCGGGAUUGGGAUCGGAUUCUUGGUGGAAGAAGACUCUUUACAUCACCGGUGGUGCCCUUCUUGCCGCUGCUGCCUACCUACUCCACGAGCUGCUUGCCAUCAGGAAGGAGCAGGAGUUGGACUCUAAAGAUGCCAUUAUCCUCCACCAGUUCUCCAGGCCAAAUACAGGGGUCCCUAGCCUCUCACCAUUCUGCCUCAAGAUGGAGACCUACCUACGCAUGGUGGACCUGCCCUACCAGAACUACUUUGAUGGAAAGCUGUCACCGCAGGGCAAGAUGCCAUGGAUCGAAUACAAUAAGCAGCAGGUAUCUGGGUCAGAGUUCAUCAUUGACUUCCUAGAGGAGAAGCUGGGAGUCAACCUCAACAAGAACCUCAGUCCCCAGGAUAGGGCUGUGUCCCGGGCGGUCACCAAGAUGGUGGAAGAGCACUUCUACUGGACUAUCGCUUACUGUCAGUGGGUGGACAACCUUGAGGAGACCCAAAAGAUGCUGUCAGUCACUGGCCCCCUGAGUGACCUGCUGAAGUGGAUCCUCAGCCACCUGAACGCCAGCAUGGUGCAGAGAGAAAUGUACGGCCAUGGGAUCGGGCGAUUCUCCAAGGAGCAGGUCUACCAGCUGAUGGAGAAGGACAUGCGAUCACUGGCCGAACUUCUGGGAGACAAGAAAUACUUCAUGGGGUCUAAGAUGUCGACAGUUGAUGCUGCUGUGUUUGGUCACCUGGCCCAGGCUAUGUGGACUCUACCCGGGUCACGUCCAGAGCAGCUCAUUAAAGGUGAGCUUAUCAACCUGGCCAUGUUCUGUGAGCGCAUGCGGAGGAAGUUCUGGCCGGAGUGGUUCGUGGACAUUGAAGAUCUCUACUAUGAUGGGGCGGACACAGACAGCAGUGAAGGCUCUCCCACAGGCCUCAUGGACUUUGGCCUUUUCUCUCGGACCGACACCAUGGAGGAUAGCGAAAUCUCUGAAAAACACACAGCCACCCCAUCACCAGAUACGGACCACUCCCUGUUCGACUCAGACGUGGGUACGGGCUCCGACAACGAGCUGCUGCUCAAAUGUGACCUUCCAAGUCCUGACCCGUCAAACCCGAAUCCUGAACCUCUGGGACCUUGACCUUUGAGCCUGACCCAUUGGCCCUGGAGGUGGGCUGGAGAUUGUCUGAGGAAAAUUGGGCGGACGGAACCCUUACCUGAUCAGGACGCUGCUAUCUGGAUUGGUGACGCAGAGCCGCUGAGGAGAGACACGGUCUUCGCUUUUGCUUAUGCCCCUAUUGCUCUUCCAAAAACCUCUGCUUAGAGAAGGAGGAGCGGAUAUAACCCAUGGAAACCAUUACCUAACCAUGCAACAACAUUGCGCCCAGAUGAACUGGGUAUUGGAUGCAGAGCGUAUGAACUAAACCCCAUUUGUUCCAAUACAACCUACCCCAGUGAUUGUGCUGUUUGCAAUCUGGCAGUAUCACAGACAUUGCCUUAUUUGUGUCAUUUGUCCCAGAAUGGAAGAUAUUUUGUCAGUGGAAAACGUUUUCAAUGGAUUGCCUUUCCAUGGGAAUACAGACAUGGCUGUUUCUGAGUGUAGCAAGAGGAAGAGCCAGGGAUGAGUGAAGCAGACAUGUUUUAAGCUUGAUUUGAUGAAGGGUGUAAAAAGGAGGUCAGUCAUACGCUUUGGCUUGGCUUGGAUUCAUAUUCUUAUGGGUGACAUAAAGAAUCUUUGAAUUGGGUGGCUGUUCUAUUCUAAAGUGGAAUCCUCAAACCAAUACUGUGGUGUGUGGCUUGCUGUUCAGCAUUGGCCAAAGUCACCAGCGUUUCCAUUAACUCUGUGCCAAAUCAUACUAGUAAAAGAGGUUGGGAUUUACGAAAGGAACUGGAGAUGUUAAACUCUUGCCUGAUAACACUUACUAGUAUAGCCUGGGCAAACAUGGAGUUGGGAAAUGUACUUACUGAUAGCAGAUCUGCUCUGAACGCAGAAAUUGUGAUUGGAUCACUUCAUGGAGGGGCUUACGUCUCAACUCAAGUCUUUCAGUUUACGUUUGAAACAGUUAAUGUUAGGUAAGAUUUAAGGUUUAGGUUAGUAUUCAGGGUGUAGGGUAAGGGUAGGGAUUACAUUGUGUUUACGGUAGAGACAAGCACUAACCCUGGUUAAAUGUCCUCUCAGCCCUCUCCACUGAGUCAACCAAUCACAUGAAUUGCAUCCUUCAGGACAGAUCUUCCUCCAAUACAUAUUUCAGUAAGUGAAAAUUCCAUGUGUGAUGAUCAUACUGUAGAAUUGAGUGUAAUUCCAUUGCGCUUGUAGAGCAGAUGGUUGUAUGUCACCACUAGAGAGUGCUAUAUGCAUACAUUACUGUGAAAAAGUCUUAGGCACCUGAAAGUUGAAAUAAAAUAAUAUGUGUUUAUUUGUAAUAUAUGUGUGUGUGUGUGUAUUUAUAUUGUUUUGUUAUCAAAACACUUAUUACCCAAAUAAAUGGCCUUAGUUCCACUUUCAGCUGCCUACGACUUGCACAGUACCAUGCUAUUGAUAAAUCUGUUUAGUUUCAAGUUCUGUCUGUUCUUGCUACUCAAAAUGUAACAGAAUAAUGCUGAUGCUUCUACUAAUAAAAAUACAAUGCAGUCAG